AUGAUUGUUUCUGCAGGUCUUGGAUAUGGCGGCACGACAUUGGGUAGAGUAUUUAGUUCUGCUAGUCAGAGUAUAUGGUGCAAACCCAAUACACUGAACCAUAUAGGCUUGCCAAUCUGCCUAGUCCGACUUGAAUCGACCAGAACAUUAACUACCAAUCAAGCCACAGCUGUAUCGUCCACUCUAGUUCCUCCAAUAAUAUCAGCAAAAUGGCUUUCUGAUGCACUUUCUAACAACUCCAAAAAUAUAGUGGUACUUGAUGUAUCUUGGCAUUUUGAAGAACCAGAGGAUUUUCGGGCAACAAAUAAAGGACUUUUUGGUUUAUUUCGUAAAGAACCCAAUACUCCUUUGGCACCACCUCGACUGUUGCCAAAACUAGAGUUUGAGAAACAGCAUAUCAAGGGUGCAAGAUUUGCUGGACUUGCUUCAUUCACGGAUCAACUAUCUACAUUACCCAAUACGGUAAUGUAUGAGCAUGAAUUUUCCAAGAAAAUGGGACACCUUGGUAUUACUCCUGAAGAUCACGUUGUGGUGUAUGACAGCACAGGCACAUACUCGUCACCUCGUGCAUGGUGGACUCUCAAGUUUUUUGGACAUGACAAAGUCAGUGUGCUCGAUGGUGGUUUACCAAAGUGGAUCAAAGAAGACGGUGCAUUAGAAUCAUCUAUGCCAUCCAUCACACCAACUUUGUACCCAGAAGUCAAAGAAAACAAGGAUAUGCUGAUUGAAUGCCAGGAACUCAAGCUAAUUCUGACUGAUUUUACAAGUGCUAAUCCAUACACUCUGUUGGACACCAGAUCUCAGGACAGAUUUUCUGGAAGAGUGGAAGAGCCACGACCCAAAGUCAAGCCAGGAUAUAUUCCAUCAGCAAUCAAUAUUCCUUAUACCGAGCUGCUUGAGCAGGACGGGACAUUGAAGGAUGUCAACGAUCUUGCUCUUGAAUUUGAAUCUCGAUCUAUAGACUACCAUAACAGAUCUAUAGUGACCAUGAGUGGGAGCGGUGUCACGGCAGCAAUCGCUUAUCUGGCUCUUGAAAUUGUAGGACAUAGUAAGAAAAGACGCAUGUUUGAUGGAGGCUGGACAGAGUGGGCAAUGGGCUCGAAGAAUCCUCGCAAACUUUGGGUGUAG